ACUCGCACUUGUGUGUCGCUCGCAGUCGAGCGGUUCAAUGACUUUAGCGACCAGUUUCUAUUUUCUCUCUGGUUCUGUCGUCGGGUCGACUCGCAGGAAGGGGUCUUUGUUUGCGUUUCACGUUCGCGUCGCACGGUGUCAUCUGUGAUCGUUCCAUCGUAUCGCGUCCGAGACGGAAUGUGCCUUCAUAAGUGGAAGCGUGGUCGUAUCAAUCGUCGGUUUAUGUGAAAUGACGUGUAGUGUCCUAGGGUGGCGCCGUCUAGCAGCGCGAGUGCAGUGAGGUGCAGUGGGGUGGACGGGCGAGCGUGGGUCGGUUCGGCCACGGCGAGCGAGGUACGCGGAGGUGGCGGCGGCCGCUCGGCCAUGACCGGCGACAUGCCUCUAGGGAGCGCGCACGCGUUCGGGCGCGCGCUGCUCCGGGACGGGGCGCUGCCGCCGCUGGAGCCCGGGCCGCCGGCGCCGCCCGCGGCGAACGCGCAGCCCCCGGACAAGCGCCCGCCGGCCGCGGCCGCCAGCCCCGAGCAGGUGAUGAAGCUGUACAUGAACAAGCUAACGCCGUACGAGCACCGGGAGAUCUACGACUACCCGCAGGUGUACUUCAUCGGCGCCAACGCCAAGAAGCGGCCGGGGAUCGUGGGCUUCCCGAACAACUGCGAGUACGACAACGAGCAGGGCUCGUACAUUCACAUCAUGCACGACCACAUCGCGUACCGGUACGAGGUGCUCAAGGUGAUCGGCAAGGGCAGCUUUGGCCAGGUGGUGAAGGCGUACGACCACAAGAAGCGCGAGAACGUCGCGCUCAAGAUGGUGCGCAACGAGAAGCGCUUCCACCGCCAGGCGCAGGAGGAGAUCCGCAUCCUGGAGCACCUGCGCGACCAGGACAAGGACAACACCAUGAACGUCAUCCACAUGUUCGACUCGUUCACGUUCCGCAACCACACGUGCAUCACCUUCGAGCUGCUCUCCAUUAACCUGUACGAGCUGAUCAGGAAGAACAAGUUCCAAGGAUUCUCGCUGCAGCUGGUCCGCAAGUUCUCGCACAGCCUGCUGCAGUGCCUGCACGCGCUCAACAAGAACCGCAUCAUUCACUGCGACAUGAAGCCCGAAAACGUGCUGCUGAAGCAGCAGGGCCGCUCCGGAAUUAAGGUGAUAGACUUCGGCAGCUCGUGCUACGAGCACCAGCGCGUGUACACGUACAUACAGUCGCGGUUCUACCGCGCACCAGAGGUGAUGAUGGGCGCCAAGUACGGCAUGCCGAUAGACAUGUGGUCGCUGGGGUGCAUACUCGCGGAGCUGCUUACAGGCUUCCCGCUGCUCCCGGGCGAGGACGAGGCGGACCAGAUGGCGUGCAUCAUCGAGCUGCUGGGCAUGCCCCCGCAGCGGCUGAUCGAGCAGGGCAAGCGCUCCAAGAACUUCAUCAGCAGCAAGGGUCUCCCGCGGUACUGUACCGCCACCACGCUCGCUGAUGGCACUACAGUGUUGAGCGGAGGCAUGUCGCGGCGGGGCAAGCCGCGCGGUCUGCCGGGCUCCAAGAGCUUCGUGACUGCGCUCAAGGGCUGCCAGGACAAGUACUUUAUCGACUUCAUCAGACGCUGCCUAGAAUGGGAGCCCGAGAAGCGACUAACGCCGGCCGCGGCGCUGCGACACGCGUGGCUGCGGCGCCGCCUGCCGCGCCCGCCGCACGACGACGACAACCACUCCACUAGCGUGUCGGUGGGCGGGGCGGGCGGCGGGCGCGGCGGGUCGCUGCGGACGCCGCUCGCGCGCACACCGGUCACCUUCAACGCGUCGCAGGUCGCCAAAGCGAAACUCCAAGCGGCGUUAUCCGAGGAGAGCAGCGGUCUGAGCGGCAUGAGCGGCGUCAGUGGCGGAGCUAGCGGCGGCGCGGGGGGCGCGGGGGCCGCGAGCGCGCGGUACUGGGCGGGGGGGAAGCUGCCCCACCUGCCCGCGCCCUCCUAGCGCCCGCCGUCCGCGCGUCGCCUGGCCAAGGUAUCGUCCCUGGAGGCACCGCGGCGCGCGGGCGUGGCGGGCGCGCGGCUGGAGCUGGAGCGGCGCUCGCUCGACCUCGAGCGCGAGCUGCGGCCCGGCGCGCGCUCCGACGCCUCGCUCGACGACCGAGACCACCUCGUGUGACCCUCCGCCGCGCCCCCAGCGCCCCCGCCCCGCACGCUAGCUCCGCCCCUGACAGACAGUUCACCACAAUCGAGGAGUGCAUCGGAAGGAUACAGGAAGUAGUGUAGAUGAAAAGCUAAUCGUUUGCAUCUAGAAGGAAGACCAAAAUAGUGUUGGCAAGAAAACGGUGCACUUUUGGUGGUGUUCGUACUAGCAGCGCCAUCUAGUAUCGUCUAUGCAGCUUUUAUGAAGAGUGCGCGAUACUGUGGCAUGCAGCGACAUCUAGUGUUUGUGAUUGUGAAGUGAACGGCUCCUGAACCUCGGUUACGGUUCUCCGGCUACCCUCAUUCGACUAAACUCGUUAGUCGUUAGGUGACCCCACACUGCCCUACUCCGACUCGUUCGAGCGUUGCGUUUCGGGGAUUACAAUCCCCGAAACGCUUUAACGAAUGCAUUUAACUACAUCGAAUGUCGAACGUAAGUUGUACAAAUUCCCUCCAAGCGACACGGCGACCAAAUUGUGUUCUUCGGACGGACGUUACACGCGGAAUGUUCCUACAGUCGUGAGGGUGGCGGCGGCGACCGGCGGCGAAUAUGAUCUCAGUUAUUUAAAGACUUGACGUUGUAAUACGGACCUCUAGUGGAAUUGUGCGAGUAUUGUGUUUGUUUUCUAUGUAUUAUAUGUCGAGGACGGUGUUAGUGCCUGCCGAGUCUGGUGUAGUUGUAGGUUUCGACCACUCUGGACGUUUUACCGAGCGACGUGAUCUUUCGAGGGCGACUCGAAUACUUCGACUGAUUCGCGAAUCGAGCGCCCCCUAGGUUAGUGCGAUAUCGAUUUUCUACAGGAUCAAUUGUCAUUUUAUUUUGUAGCUCGACGUUAAGUAUAAGUUUAUCCCCUCAAGUGAUAUGUAAUGACGCUAAUCGGUGACCUUAUAUUCGGAAUUCUGUAAGGAUUUAAGGGUAGCUAGUUUACAAGGCCUUUUAGAUAAGAUGCUAAGCGAUUUUUUUCCGAUAUAUCUAUGUAUAGUGAAUGUUGUGAUGGGUAUAUGUUUACGGAUCCUAGAUUGAAUUACUGUUGCUACCCAUUUUUACUUCCUUAACUUUUGACAAAAAAAAUAUACAAAAUGAGCAUUUACGGCGAUGUUACGGUUUACGUAACGCAAAAAAAUAGUGCAAAUUAUAGACGUCCUACUGCAACUUGUCUAUGACUUUGCCAAAAGAUUUUAAAACAAAAGAUAAGUGAAGUUGUACAGUCUGGUCCUCCGCGUCGAUUCGUACAUUGUAUAGUAUUUACUAGGAGGUUCGUUCGAACCUUAAGUUUGUCUGACAAAUGUAUUUUAAUUUACAGAACGGAUGCAUGAUCAAAAGUAUUGCAAGUCGUGAGCCCGGUAGUUUUAUAUUCGAAUCCUUCGACUCGCACGUCAACUUUGCUCAGUGUGUAAAUAUAAAAUGAACCAAUCGUUCGAAUUCAGUGUUAAGUAGAUUUUUUAAGGAUAUUUCGAUAGUGAGCAAAGUUACGAGCGAUUACGACGGAUUCGGAGGCGGCCAUACAGAGUUACAUUGUCCAAAUGGGUACAACGGUAGAACUGUUCGCACAUAGGUGAAUAUGUAAAUUAUUCAACCAAUAUGUAUAUCGAAAGAUACUUAUCGUAGAACUAAAGUAUGUAGUAUUUUGUUUUGAAUACUAACUUGUGGUUCCUUUAUUUAGCGGAGCAUAUCAGUCCCAGCGCCAGAUGUAAUGUCACUGUAAUAUCACUUUCGAAGUGGCCGAGUGAUAUUACCUCAAACACAUGUAAUGUAACUGUAAUAUUGCACUUGAAGUGAUGAAGUGAUAUUAUUUUUGAUGUAACGAAGUGAUAUCACUUCAAACACAAUAUGUGUAAUGUGAUGUAACUGUAAUAUUACAAUUGAAGAGAUGAAGUGAUCUUACUUUCGAAGUGACGAAGUGAUAUCACUUCAAACACAUGUAAUGUAACUGUAAUAUUGCACUUGAAGUGAUUGAGUGAUUUUACUUUCGAGUUGACGAAGUGAAAUCACUUCAAACACAUGUUAUGUAACUAUAUCAUUACACUUGAAGUGAUGAAGUGAUCUUACUUUCGAAGUGACGAAGUGACAUACUUCAAACACUUGUAAUGUAACUGUAAUAUCACAAUUGAAGUGGCAUUAAGUGAUAUUACAUUUGGUUCAUUAAUGCUUUGUCACAGUACUCAAUAAGUUUGGUAUUAUAGAGAUGUAUGGGAAAUUAACUCAGUGCAAUAUGUUGUAUAACAUAUUAUAUAAUAUAUAUAUUUUACUUUGUCUUCCUGAAUGUCAAUGCAAGGGCCUAUUAUGAUAAUCGCUGGUUGCAUUUCUAUUUUCAAAUAGUUUUUAGUUGUUUUUUUUAUGUUUAUUAUUUUGUCAUAUCGAAUUAUUUGACAUUUUAAUUGACAAAUGAAAUGUUUACGAUCCCUUAUUGUUGUGUAAAUGUUGAACUGUAAUUGUAAAGACUCAAAAAUGCCAGUUUUUGACAAAAAAAUCACCAGUCAAGUAUUUACCUCCAAAUCUAAAAUCUUUCAUAACUCUCUUUCUAACUUUUAGUUUUCAAUCUCUCUUCCUUUCGGUCAUUUGAAUAAAGUUUAUCAUUUACACAGUCGAUACUGGUGAAUAUGUUCGAUUCGAUUAUUAUCGACUACAGAUUAUAAAAACUCGAAAUUAUUUGUACGUUUACGAAGUGUGGUUGUUUUACUUAAUCGACAGUAAGCUAUACUCAAUCUAGCAUUUUAUUUGGCUGAUCGUGUUGGCCGACUGCCUCUCGUUUAUAUGCUCAAUAGUCGUAUGUGGCGGUCUGUACGUACUGACAGACUAGUUUAUUUUUGCCCCGUAGCAGUUUAAGGUAUUUAGUCAAUUAUUGUAUAGCUUAUUUUUUAUUUACGAUUGUGCUGAGACGCUAAUUUCGAAAUGUGAUAGCCGUUUUGUUUGACUGUCCUGGUCCGCGCACAGGUUUGACAUUGACAGAUGUUUUUUUAAAUUUAGCGACAAUAAACAGUUGUGAUGCCACAGACAUUUGCUAGAUUGCCUUUUUACGUGUAAAAAGGAUGUCAUAGGCAGAUGUAGUCAGAGUCCCGCGCAUGACUUGGCAAUCAGUAUUAAAUUCGUUCGUCGAGUCUCUCAACUGCCAAGUACAUUUAGUUGUAAGUAUAUUUUGCUAUCAGUAUAGCAUCUCUAGUUACUAUAGCUUUCUUUGGACCGCUGCAUUUCUCUUUAUAUCUAGUUAUUUUGUGAAACAUUGUGUUCUCUUAUUGUAUGUACAGCUGGUGUUUCUUGUUAUGAAACUCGUAGCGACAAUGUGAAUACUAUACAAUUUAAAUAAAUGAAUUAUAUAAAAUGG